GAGACUCAAAAAGAACAACAACUUCCGGGAGGGCAACGGUGCAGCCAUGGAGUGCACAAUAACGGCUGUAGUUUGCGUUCUCUUGCUGAUUUUAGUUGUUUUAUUGGCUCUGGGGCUGUUUGUGCUUUAUAAAACAAGUGAGGCCUAUCCAGAUCUUGGAAGAUUUGAAAGUGAAGAAUACUUCCUAGAUCCCAAAAAGAAUGAGAAAAUAAAGUUACCCAGUAUCCAUGAUCCGCCAAGUGUUGACUUAACUAUUGUGGUCCCAGCCUACAAUGAAGAGGAAAGAUUGCCAGCCAUGAUGAAUGAAGCCAUAGAUUAUUUAGAAGAGAGACAGAAAAUGACACCGUCCUUCAGCUAUGAAAUACUGGUAGUGGAUGAUGGCAGUAAGGACAAGACCACAGCGACAGGACAUUUAUACUCCAGUAAGUACGGAGCAGACAAGGUCCGGGUACUGACGUUGGAAAAGAACCGAGGCAAAGGUGGAGCAGUGAGACUGGGUAUGUUUGUAGCACGAGGAAAACUGCUUCUUUUUGCUGAUGCUGAUGGUGCAAGCCAGUUUAAAGAUUACAGAAAACUGGAAACAGAAAUGUUUAAGGUUAACAAAAAGUCAGACAACCUGGCUGUGGUGUGUGGCUCCCGUGCCCACUUGGAAAAGGACGCCAUUGCAGAGCGGUCCCUGUUUCGGACGUUCCUGAUGAAGGGUUUCCACUUCCUGGUUUGGUGUCUGUGUGUGCGUGGAAUCAAAGACACACAGUGUGGCUUUAAACUUCUUACCAGGGAUGCAGCCAUCAUCUUGUUUUCUAAUAUGCAUGUCGAGAGAUGGGCCUUUGAUGUAGAAAUGCUGUAUCUGGCUCAGUGCUUCAACAUGAGAUUAGCUGAAGUAGCCAUUACAUGGCAGGAGAUAGAGGGGUCAAAAAUGGUUCCGUUCUGGAGCUGGCUACAAAUGGGCAAAGAUCUGCUGCUAAUACGUGUGCGAUACAUCAUAGGAGCGUGGAAAAUAAAUACCAAAGUGAAAAAGGAAUAGGCUGUGACAGAAGAUUAAGUGUGAUUGUGUGAGAGUCAGAGAGACAGACAGAAAGAGAGGGAGAGAGACGGAGAGAGAGAGAGAGACCGUGAGAGAGACAAACAAGCAAUAACUGACACAAUUUGGAUGUGGGAGAUCAUGUCUGGCAUAGACAAAGUCUGUAAAAUCUUGCGAGCGAAUGUGUUGUUUAAAUAUAUUUAAUUAAAAUCAUGUUCCGAAUAUUACAUAUUACAUUUACGAUUCCUCAACCAAACUCUCACAUAAUAAUCUGAGUCAGCUAGUUUUAUACUUGUGUCCAGAUGAAUUUCUCAUCAAACUGUUCAAUUGUCUCUGAAAUUCACUACAGCAUUGUUUUGUAUCUUUAUAUAAUUCAUUUAGAUCAACUCAGUUAUUCCAGUAUAAUGGUAUUCAUGGCUCUGCUCAUCCACAAGGAAAAAGUGUUCUCGGAAAUACCUGUAAGGUAUGUGUCUAUGUAGGAGGCACUUCAAAAUCUCUAAAAUAUUGCUCGUCAUAUAUUCUCCCUAUAACAAGUGGCAAAAAUACUACCUUUUUCUGUUGCAAAGCAUGUUUAGUUUCCUAAAAACUAAAGUUUUUGGUGUAGAUUAUCAUUAACUAUAUAUUCAUGUUCAUUGUUCCAUUUUUAUUUGCAUACAUGCUUAUAUGAAAUUGAAUGACCUUAUAUCCUUAUGCAUGUGAGUCUGUCAUAUAUAAAAUUAGUAUGUGAUUUUAUCAAAUCCAUGUCAACAAAUUUGAAUUUGUGUAGAAGUUGUUUUAUUUUGAAUCAUACCAUAUUAUUUUGGUUCUGUUAAUUUCUAUCAUUAGUUUAAAAUGUGAUGAAAUAUACAACAGUUUCUUCAUUUAAUUAUUUUUCUUGAUUUUCUUUUAAAUUCAUUGUCAAUUAUGAUAGGAAAUUAUAUUGCAGUGAAUUAGUGAUAUAUAUAUAUAAACCUUAACCCACAGAUGUGUGAAGGGUUUAAAUUAGAAUUGUUUGUUUUAAUAAUCGGUUAAUAGGGUUGUUUCUUCUUAAAUUACAAAUAAAAGCCAAUUGAAGUUUCAUUGUACGACAUACAAAUGGCAUGGCAUUACAUCUUAAUUUUAUAUUGAUUUUGGUUUCAAAAAUACCUGAAUCAGUUCUCACUCCAUCGAUAUGUGCCUCACUGCUUUCUGAUUUCCCCAUCCUUUUGAUUUUGUAUAGGUUCUACUGACAGCCUGAUGACAAUAAUUGAAUUUGCAUAUUUUCAUUAUUAUGUUCAAAUUAAUAUAUUUUUCUGUGAAAUAUGUUUUUUCUCUAUCGAUUCACAUUCUGUUUUUCUAUUCAUAAGUUUAAGCUUUUGUAUUUUCCUCCAUACAGCUUACAUAAGUUAAGUUCUUGUUGAAUUCACUAGUUUUACCAAUGUUUUGCAUUUAAUUUUUAGUAUGCAACUGUAAAAGAAAAGAAUUUGUUUUGGUUAUGGAAUGUCUGUCAGUGAAGUAUGUCAUUAUUUAAGUUUCCAGUGAUAUUCAAUCAAUGAUACUGUUUUACCUAGUAUUUGUAUAACAGAGAUAUUACAAUAAUAUUUGAUUAACAAGACCGAAGAAGUUUUUUGUUUUUUGUACUUCAUAUAUAUUUUAAGAGAAAUAAGCCCAGGGGGCAUGUGUUGUGAAAAUGCACUUGUAAACUGGCCGAGCCGACUUCUCGAUAUCUGUAUGCUCGGUGAGCAGGUCGACUUGCCCGAAGGUGAUGAGCUGUCGUACAUGACUAUACUGAAUGUAGUCUACACUUGGUCAAGCCGCUAUACGGGUGUAUUUUGCGCACUGUUUAACUGAUGGUAGAUUACACUUGCUGUUGCAGGCUAAUCUUAUAUUUAACAUUCCUAUAACUUGCAGCUUCUUACUACACAUGUGUAAAAAAUGAGUAAUAAAAACGGUAGAAGGGGAUCAGAUUACUGUGGGAUAUGAGUCUCUGUUCUACCAGUU